GCUCUUUUCGGACUGCCCAAUCCUGCUUAGGACCUGUAUCGUCCCAGGGCCGGCUGCUUCUUUUACAUCUCAUAACACCAUCACAAAGAUAUCAUCGUCCACCGGCCCCAACCAAAAGCCUCUCACGCACUGGCAUCAUGGCAGGCCUUGCCGCAGCUCCCCCAUUCAUCGCCUGCGGUCCAGACUACGCCCAUGCAGGUCACAUUGCCAUGCCCUUUGCACCGGCGGACCGGGACGGCGCCUUGCCACCGAAAUGGCCCGACGUGUGCCACAGCUCGUCAGGUCUAGAACACCCAGAUGCCUUCUUGCCUACCCUUCCCCCCUGGCAGGCCGCCGAAUGGGACAUGGCAGACGGCUUCCUCAAGUAUCCCGACCAGACCUUCCACAGCCCUGCGACGGCGGAGAGCGUCAUCUCCGGGGCCGACAGCUCGGUCGGCGCCGGCACCCCCAUCUGGGACUACCAGAACGACCAGCUCUCACACGGCCGCGAGCUCAGCCCUUCCACCACCGCCACCUCUCCAUCUGACCACUGCUCCUUUGAUCAGUUCAUGUCAAUAUCCCCCUCAUCAUUACAAGCAGUCAAGCAGGAGGAGCCUUUGGCAGCCCCAAAGAAGCAGACCAAGGCCCGAAAACCAUCCACCAAGACAGCAUCGUCAUCAUCAUCAUCACCAAAGACAUCAUCCUCAUCCGCAAAGCAGUCAUCAUCAUCAUCAUCAUCAUCCUCAUCCUCAUCCUCCUCAUCAUCAAAGACAUCAUCACCAAGGACAUCCCCUAGAGCAUCACCCGUCGCGGAUGGAGGCAUCUCCAAAAGGCCUCGCCGGACCAAGACGGCGCAAGAGCAGGAAGCCAGCCGGGCGCGCAUCCGGGAGAAGAACCGGGUCGCGGCGGACAAGUGCCGCGGCCGGCAGCGCAUCGCCGUCGAGAAGCUGAGCGCCAAGCACGACGCCCUGGAGGAGGAGAACCGGCAGCUGUCGCAGAUCCUCAAGGACCUCAUUGCCGAGCGCAUCGUGCUCAAGAACAUGCUGCUGGAGCAUGGCAACUGCGGGUCGGAGCUGAUUGAGAAUUAUCUGAGGGAGAGCGCCGUGCGGUGGGUGAAGCAGUGUACGUACGCAGUGCAUACCGGCUUUGACAUUCCAUUUUCUCAUUCGCGAGACACUCUUGCUUGCAUUAAGAAUUGA